CCACUUGCCACGUGACGUUAUUCCGGGAAAUGCGUUGCCGUCAGAGCCAAAAUACAAAGAGACGUAAGCCUUGUGUCAUAUUUUGUUUAUUUUUAUGAAAAACUCUAACUUCUCUAAAACCGCGUUAGUAUGCGGGAACGACCUGACACGUCUUGGGUGUAAAACUAUCAGGUUUGUCAGAGAAAAGUCGCAUGUUUUCACCGGAUGCUAACAUUAGCUAACAGUACAAGAGUAGUUUAAGGCUGAGGAGAUGAGAAGGAGAUGGGUUCUGUCCGCUGGGCUUUCCGAUGUGGCACCUGGAGACCGAGCAGGUCCGAGUGGCUGUUCGCUGCUCGCUGCGUCCAGCGGGAGGAAAAGGAUCGAGUUGGGCAGUUUGUUUUCGCAAAGGAUGCCAAGUCAGCCAUGGCUGGACGUUUGCUGCUUAGAAAGUUUGUAUGUGAGAGGUUUGGGAUCCCCUGGUCUGAGAUCAGACUGGAGCGAUCUCCUCGAGGGAAACCCUACCUGGCUACAUCUGUCAAGGUCAGUUCAGAUUCAGGUCGGUCCUGGAGCUUCAACCUCUCCCACCAAGGGGACUACGCUGUACUGGCUGCUGAGCAGGGGCUGCAGGUUGGAGUAGAUGUGAUGAAGACCACAAUGCCAGGCAGCCGCUCUGUGUUGGAGUUUUUCCACAUCAUGACUCGACAAUUUACAGCAUACGAGUGGAGCACCAUCCAAUCGGCUGGCUCAGAGUACCAGCAGCUCGCCAUGUUCUACCGCCACUGGACUUUGAAGGAGAGCUUCAUCAAGGCCAUCGGUACCGGCCUGGGCUUCAACCUGCAGAGGGUGGAGUUUCAUCUGUCCUCUGAGCCGCUCACUCAGGGCCGGGUGCUGCGCCUCACCAAGAUGCAUUUGGAUGAGGAGGAGGAAGGGGAGUGGCUAUUUGAAGAGAGCCUGCUGGAUGCUGAACAUCAUGUUGCUGUAGCACUUGGACCAGAAGACAGAGCAGGAACUGCAACUCCACCUCCUCCCACCACCACGUUCACACUGCUGUCGUUCGACGAGCUCAUCGCCUCGGCCUCACCUCUGACAGAAGAAGAUCCUGCCUACUGGGAUGAGUUCAAAAUGAAGGAUGAAGCUCCGCAGAGACAGAGGGAUGCACAGAUAUCCAUAUGACAGCCUGUCUCAUGCUGAAAUUCACCUGACACACACACACACACACCUUUCAAAAGUGGCGAAGAAGAAACAAAAGUUCCCUGACAUUGAAGCCGUUCUAUUAUUCUACACAAGUCCAGUCAAGUCCUGUCAAGUUUCUCUGCAAACGUUCAAAUCCACAGACUUUCUCCCAGGAAUCUGCUCGGUCUAUCUUUAGAUUCGCUACACACACACACACACACACACACACACACACACACACACACACACACACACACACACACACACACACACACACACACACACACACCUGUGACUGAAGCAUAAUAAACAUAAUUAUUGAGCUUUAUUGAUUCUCGUUGCAUGACGUGUGAAUGAGAAAGACAUUAUUUGCUUUGUGGCACCUGAAUACGUCUUUGAUCAAAUAAAGAGUGUCCGUUUAUGCUAAAGCA